UUAUUACCGUACCUGCAUAUUUUAACGACUCUCAACGUCAAGCUACGAAAGAUGCGGGUCAAAUCGCAGGUCUAGACGUGCUCCGAGUUAUUAAUGAACCGACAGCCGCAGCACUUGCUUACGGGCUUGAUAAAGCUGGUGAUAAAAUCAUUGCGGUUUAUGAUUUGGGUGGUGGUACAUUUGAUAUUAGCAUUUUGGAAAUUCAUAAAGGAGUUUUCGAAGUCAAGUCAACCAAUGGAAAUACUCACUUGGGUGGUGAAGAUUUUGACAUUAAAUUAGUUAAACACAUCGUUGAUUCAUUCAAGAAAGAGGAAGGUGUCGAUUUAUCUAAUGAUCGAAUGGCGAUUCAACGUAUUCGUGAAGCAGCAGAGAAAGCCAAAAUUGAAUUAUCAUCAACGCUUCAAACAGAUAUCAAUCUUCCAUUUAUUACCGCUACCAAUGCUGGUCCCAAACAUCUCACUAUGAAAUUGACUCGCGCAAAUUUCGAGACUUUAACGAAAGAUCUCAUUGAGAUGACUAUUUCACCUUGCAAACAGGCUCUUAAGGAUGCCGGAGUUGAAACAAGAGAAAUUAGUGAAGUAAUAUUAGUUGGCGGUAUGACGCGUAUGCCUAAAGUUUUCGAACUUGUGAAAUCAACGUUUAAUCGCGAACCUACAAAGAGUGUAAAUCCUGAUGAAGCAGUAGCAAUCGGUGCUGCAAUUCAG